AUGGGCCUCAGUCAGACCUCAGUUCUGGCUUUUGUGAUUGACACCACAGGCAGUUUGUCUAAUUACAUCGCAGAGGCCAAGAGAGUGUCCAUUAGCAUCAUAGACAGCAGAAGAGGAACAUCAGAGGAACCUUCAGAAUACAUUCUAUUGACAUUGACAAGAGCUCCUCCAUCAUCAGAUAUUUUUGUUUUCACUGAUGCUUCAGCAAAGGACACAGAAUUAAAAAGUUCAGCUGAGGCCAUGAUAGAAAGCACCAAGUCAAAAGUCACUUUCCUGCUGACAAACUCCACCUCAACACGUAGUCGACAGAAUGUUUCAUUAUCAAGAUCAUUGUCUCAGUCAGAAAUACAGUUGUACAGAGACCUGGCCCAUGUUUCUGGUGGACAGACCAUAGACGUCAUAAACACUACAUUAUCUCAGGCCACUGCAGUCAUUACAGAUUUAAUCACUGCUGACCUGGUGACUGUUCUUCAGGCAGCGAGAAAUCCACCUAAGGCAGAAAACUUUUCUUUUUUGCUAGAUCUAACUCUGUCCAAUGUGACCGUGUAUAUCACAGGAGACUCUCCAGUCUUUACUCUCUACAGCCCUACUG